AUGAAGUCAUACAAGCUAGAGAGGCUGCUUUUCUGCCAAUUAGCCAGAGCCUGCGUCAGUCGGAGCUGGAGGACGGACAGAGACAGAACUGGCUAUUACACAUUACAUCCUACGAUUGUCAGUGAUGGACAUGGAGCUGCAGAGCAGAAGCAGAGGAACACGCUCAUGCAUGGAGGACAGUUUGCUCAUUUCACCAAAAAGGGAAAACAAAUAGUCAAUGGAUGUCUUUCACCCAUCUUCAGACUGAAGAGGAAGAGACAGCCUACUGAAGAGACAAAUCAGCGCCCUUGGACAAUGAACAACCAGUGCAAGGCAAAAAUGACAGAAAUUGUCCAGCAAACACAGUUGAAAGCGGUAAAAGAAACACAGAGGGAGAGGCCAACCCUUUACUUUGAGGACGAGCAACUGGAUGAGGUUGUCUCCUUCUUGUUUGCCGUCAUCAGGGAGACCCCAAGAGCAAGACAGCAGAACGACUGGAUUGACGUCGUCAUGAUUGUGCUCGUACCGUGA